AUGCAGCGGGGCGCCGCGCUGUGCCUGCGCCUCGGGCUCCACCUCAGCCUCCACCUCAGCCUCCUGUACGGGAAGGGGCAUGUGGACUAGACCUUCUCAAGAGAUAUAUCUACAGGAAAGAAUAAAAGCUGGGAUGUCCCAGGUCAAAGGACAGCCUGGAAGACAGACCACCGUCCCUGAUUGCCCGCACACUUGCCCAGCUGUCUCCCUAGCAUGGCCUUAUUCACUUGGACUGCCUAGGGAAAUAUUUCUUUCCCUCAAAGCCCAGCUCAGAGGCCUGGUGAGUGGCUACUCCAUGACCCCCCCGACCCUGAACAUCACAGAGGAGGUGCAUAUCAUCAACACCAGUGACAGCCUGGCCAUCUCCUGCAGGGGACAGCACCCCCUUGAGUGGGCCUGGCCAGGGGCUUCAGAGACACUGACCACAGGGGAGAAGGACAGCAAGGACUCAGAGGUUGUACAAGACUGUGAGGGCACAGACACCAGGCCCUACUGCAAGGUGCUGCUGCUGAGCAAGACCCACGCCAACAACACAGGCAGCUACCGCUGCUACUACAAGUACAUCAGCGCCCGCAUUGAGGGCACCACAGCUGCCAGCACCUACGUGUUUGUGAGAGACUUCAAGCAGCCAUUCAUCAACAAAGCUGACACUCUCCUGGUCAAUAGGAAAGACUCCAUGUGGGUGCCCUGCCAGGUGUCCAUCCCUGGCCUCAACAUAACACUACAUUCGCAAAGCUCAGUGCUGCGGCCUGAUGGGCACGAGGUGGUGUGGGAUGACCGCCGGGGCAUGCGGGUGCCCACAGCACUCCUGCGUGAUGCCCUGUACCUGCAGUGUGAGGCUAGCUGGGGCGGCCAGGACUUUUACUCCAGCCCCUUCCUCGUGCACAUUACAGGCAAUGAGCUCUAUGACAUCCAGCUGUUCCCUAAGAAGUCCCUGGAGCUGCUAGUUGGAGAGAAGCUGGUUCUGAACUGUACUGUGUGGGCCGAGUUCAACUCAGGUGUCACCUUCACCUGGGACUAUCCAGGGAAGCAGGCAGAUCGGGGUAAGUGGGUACCCGAGCGGCGCUCCCAGCAGACUCACACAGAGCUCUCCAGCAUCCUGACCAUCUACAACGUCAGCCAGCACGACCUGGGCCGGUAUGUGUGUGAGGCCAACAACGGCAUCCAGAAAUUCCGGGAGAGCACCGAGGUCAUUGUGCACGAAAAGCCCUUCAUCAGUGUCGACUGGCUCAAAGGACCGGUCCUGGAGGCCACAGCUGGAGACGAGCUGGUGAAGCUGCCUGUGAAGCUGGCAGCUUACCCGCCACCGGAAUUCCAAUGGUACAAGGACAGAAAAGCAGUGACUGGACGCCACAGCCCACAUGCCCUGGUGCUCAAAGAGGUGACUGAGGCCAGUGCGGGCAUCUACACCCUUGCCUUGUGGAAUUCUGCAGCUGGCCUGAGAUGCAACAUCAGCCUGGAGCUGGUGGUGAACGUGCCCCCCCACGUCCACGAGAAGGAAACCUCCUCCCCUAGCACUUACCCCCGCCACAGCCGCCAGGCCCUCACCUGCACGGCCUACGGGGUGCCCCCGCCGCUCCACAUCCAGUGGCUUUGGCGACCCUGGACACCUUGCAAGACAUUUGCUCAGCGCAGCCUCCGCCGACGGCAGCAGCGAGAUGGCAUGCCACAGUGCUGGGACUGGAGAGAGGUGACCAUGAAGGAUGCUGUGAAUCCCAUCGAGAGCCUGGAUACUUGGACUGAGUUUGUGGAGGGAAAGAACAAGACGGUGAGCAAGCUGGUGAUCCAGGAUGCCAACAUAUCUGCCAUGUACAAGUGUGUGGUCUUCAACAAGGUGGGCCAGGACGAGCGGCUAAUCUACUUCUAUGUGACCACCAUCCCUGACGGCUUCAGUAUUGAGGUGGAGCCCUCCGAGGACCCCCUAGAGGGCCAGUCAGUGCGCCUCAGCUGCCAAGCUGACAACUAUACAUAUGAGCAUCUGCGCUGGUACCGCCUCAACCUGUCCACACUGCAUGAUGCUCACGGGAACCCACUACUGCUCGACUGCAAGAAUGUUCACCUAUUCGCCACACCGCUAGACGCCAGCCUGGAGGAGGCUGCACCUGGAGCGCGCCACACCACACUGAGCCUCAGCAUCCCACGUGUGGCCCUGGAGCAUGAGGGUGACUACGUGUGUGAGGUGCAGGACCGGCGCAGCCAGGACAAGCAGUGCCACAAGAAGUAUCUGUCAGUGCAGGGCCUGGAAGCCCCCCGGCUCAUGCAGAACCUAACCGACCUCCUGGUGAAUGUGAGUGACUCCCUGGAGAUGCGGUGCCCCGUGGCGGGAGCACACGUGCCCAGCAUCGUGUGGUACAAAGAUGAAAAGCUGCUGGAGAAAGAGUCUGGAAUCGACUUAGCAGACUCGAACCAGAAGCUGAGCAUCCAGCGUGUGCGGGAGGAGGAUGCUGGCCGCUAUCUGUGCAGUGUGUGCAACGCCAAAGGCUGUGUCAACUCGUCCGCCAGCGUGGCAGUGGAAGGCUCCGAGGAUAAAGGCAGCAUGGAGAUCGUGAUCCUUGUUGGCACCGGUGUCAUCGCUGUCUUCUUCUGGGUCCUCCUCCUCCUCAUCUUCUGUAAUAUGAGGAGGCCAACCCACGCGGACAUCAAAACGGGCUACCUGUCCAUCAUCAUGGACCCCGGGGAGGUACCCUUGGAGGAGCAGUGCGAGUACCUGUCCUAUGACGCCAGCCAGUGGGAGUUCCCGCGGGAGCGACUGCACCUGGGGAGAGUCCUCGGCCACGGGGCCUUCGGGAAGGUGGUGGAAGCCUCCGCCUUUGGUAUCAGCAAAGGCAGCAGCUGUGACACCGUGGCUGUGAAAAUGCUAAAAGAGGGCGCCACGGCCAGUGAGCACCGCGCGCUGAUGUCGGAGCUCAAGAUCCUGAUCCACAUCGGCCACCACCUCAAUGUGGUCAACCUGCUGGGGGCGUGCACCAAGGCCAACGGCCCCCUCAUGGUGAUCGUGGAGUACUGCAAGUACGGCAACCUCUCCAACUUUCUGCGUGUGAAGCGCGAGGCCUUCAGCCCCUACGCGGAGAAGUCGCCCGCGCAGCGGAGGCGCCUCCGCGCCAUGGUGGAAGGGGCUGAGGCUGACCGGAGAAGGCCUGCAAGCGGUGACCGGGCUCUGCUCACCCGGCUCCUGAUGGGCAAGGGAGGGGCGGGCCGGACUCCUCCAGCCCGAGAAGCCGAGGACCUGUGGCUGAGCCCUCUGACCAUGGAAGACCUUGUCUGCUACAGCUUCCAGGUGGCCCGGGGGAUGGAGUUCCUGGCUUCCCGCAAGUGCAUCCAUAGAGACCUGGCUGCUCGAAACAUCUUGCUGUCUGAAAGUGAUGUAGUGAAGAUUUGUGACUUUGGCCUUGCCCGAGACAUCUACAAAGACCCUGACUACGUCCGCAAGGGCAGUGCCCGGCUGCCCCUGAAGUGGAUGGCCCCCGAGAGCAUCUUUGACAAGGUGUACACCACACAGAGUGAUGUCUGGUCCUUCGGCGUGCUGCUCUGGGAGAUCUUCUCCCUGGGGGCCUCCCCAUACCCAGGGGUGCAGAUCAAUGAGGAGUUCUGCCAGCGGCUGAAAGAUGGCACCAGGAUGAGAGCCCCUGAACUGGCCACUCCUGCCAUACGCCGCAUCAUGCUGAACUGUUGGUCUGGAGACCCCAAGGCAAGGCCUGCCUUCUCAGAGCUGGUGGAGAUCCUGGGUGACCUGCUUCAGGGAGGGGGCUGGCAGGAAGAAGACGAGGGCUGCAUGGCCCCGUGUGACUCUCAGAGCUCGGAGGAUGGCAGCUUCUUGCAGGCGUCCACCACAGCCCUGCACGUCACUGAGCCAGACAGUGGGGGCAGCCCGCCAAGCACACAUCACCACAGCCUGGCUGCCAGAUACUACAACUGUGUGUCCUUUCCUGGAUCUCUGGCCAGGGAGACUCAGACCCAGGGUCCCUCUAGGAUGAAGACAUUUGAAGAAUUCCCUAUGACCCCGACUAUCUGCAAAGCCCCUGUGGAUAACCAGACGGACAGUGGAAUGGUGCUGCCCUCUGAGGAGCUCGUACAGAUAGAGAGCAGACCCAGACGAGAAGGCAGCCUCAGCUGUAAAGGACCUGGCCAGGAGGCUGACGGGACCCCGGCGCACUCUGACCCGCAGGGGAGGCGGCGGCGGCCGGACCAGGGAGCCCAAGGAGGCCAGGUGUUCUUCAACAGCGAGUACGGGGCGCUCCGCAGGCCGCUGGAGGAGGGCGCCUGGGGCCCGCCCGCCGGCUCGUCCUUCCCAGACCGCAGCUACUAAGGGCCAGGCGCCCGCGCGCCCGCUGAGCCUGGCUCUGACGCCCAGGGCAGGUGCCACCUCCCGAGGCCCAGGCUGGGCGUUCAUCUCUUUCUUCCCUCAAUUCCAGGCAGGAAGGCCCCGAAAUUUAGUCCUUGAUGUCCUGAGCCCCCAGAUGCUGCUGAUCCCAGCCACCCUGUCCACAGGUGCUGGCCCUGGGCCAGCCUCUCCCAGGACACUGGCUUGCUGUCACUCCUUUCCCAGCGUGGGUGGGCGACACAGGCCCAUGUUCUGAGGAGGAAUGCCCGACAUGACUGGGGCUCACGGGGCUGAAAGUAGAGCUCCUUUUGCGCCACAUCUCCCAGUCUGUGUGCAAAACCCUGUCUCUGGAAUCAGCCUCCCCUCCUCUGAGGAAGGCAGCUGCAGAAAGCACACUUUCCCCAACACAGCAGCAAAAAAGAAACUGGGAGUUGGUUGCACUCUGGAGCCCCACCAAUGCCUUACUGGUCUUGGGGGUGACCAAGUGCCAGACAGCAAGGCCGAAGGCCUGCUUAAGCACAGAGAACCACCCCAGACACUUACUUUCACUAGAACUGCAGGACUCUAAGCUUCUGUGAUGAGUUGUUUUCAAAACUUCAACUGGAAGGAGGCCUACUUUGUUUUUACUGAAACUAGGCAGUUCUUGGCUAGGAAGCUACAGUCCCCAUGACAUCUCUCUCAGAAGACUCCCAGCCUUGCAUGCCAGGUCCAGAAUCAAGAACCAACACACAGCCCACAGCAACCCCUUUGGCUUCUCCCCAGAGCCUGAUCUUCCACCCCAGGUGCCUCCAAGACUCGAGCAAUGUGGGUUCCACCCAGGGACGCUUUGGGGCUGGCACAGAGCCAGUGUGGCCUGGUGCUACACAGUCACUGGAAGAUGUUCUGAGGACCCUGGGAGGACCCUGCCCUGCCCUCUGCUUCCCUCUGUGCCCACCCUGGCACUUGUGUCCCCACAGGGGAGUGACCACACCCCCUGGAGGUGAGAUCCUUCUGACCAGACCCAUUCCAGCUUACACUGCCGAGCCUCCCUGCCAACAGAGCGAGCUUCAUCUGAAGCACCACAGACUACAGCCCCCACCCCUGCCUCUUGCGCUUGCAGGACAGGCGCCCAGUGGGUGGGGGCCUUCCUGCAGACCCUCCCCACAGAGCACGUGGCUUCAUGACACAGUGGUGCGUGGGUGACUGCUCCUCACUGACCCCAAACUCCUUCCUCUGCAUGGUGCAGGCCUCAGGCUCACUGGGGUAUGGUCUAGAGGAUGCAGUCUCCAAGGACCAAAGCCAACAGUGCAGGUGCAGUGCCCAGCCCCGCGAGCCUCUUGCUCAGCUUCCUCCCUUCCGUAACUACACACACAAUGUUGUACUGGGGAAGAAUGCCCACUGUGCCCUUGCACACAUGUUCUCCGAAAGAUCUAAAAUAUUUAAUAAAGAUAAUAAAUCAGA